CUCAUGUUGCAAUACCAAAUUUCCCUGAUAAUGGCAUAAUAGUUUACGGACUUGUUUUGUAUAACGAAAUGGAUAUCGUUUACGAUAAAAUUUGUAUCCUGUUUCUCACAAAAUCGAAAUAGCUCAAUUAGUAGGACAUAAAGUGACACAGCAAUGGUUUUAUAAUCUGAACAAUCCGUUUCAAUCGGCUUCUUGGUUCAACAAAGCUCUUACUACAUUGCUUGCAAUAAAUACUGUCAAUAAGAUGUAUCAAGAUAAUCGAAUAAUACAUUUAUUUGUCGUUCAAAAUCAACAUACUUCUUUUUAUUUUGAUGAUUAUGGUAUGUGGAAUUCUACUUUACAAGAUGACAGUUUAUUGAAAUUUCGCAAAUCCAUCAGAGCACCCUGUAUACUGCGCAUGAUGCAACACUCCGUAACCAAAGAAGUAUUUUGGAAAGGCAUUCGAUCAUAUACAAAUAGCAACCAAUUUCAUCGUCAAAGUUUUAUGACUUUUUUGGAAGAAAUUGUUGCUGAUGCAAAUAAGCUAGAUCAACUUCAAUUAUCAUUACAAACAAUGGCAAAUUGGACUUUAGAAGAGCAUUGUCCUCUCAUCAAAGUAGAACGAAAUUAUGGUCUUUUGGGAAAGACGAAAAUAUAUUUAUCGAUACAAAAUCCCGACACAUUAAAAAUUGAUUGCUUACCUGUAACUUAUACUAUCCAGACGGCUCCCGAUUUUAACAGACUUGAUCACCGCGCGCUAUGCAUAUCACGGGAUGCUGUUAUUUCAUUGUCAUUAGAAGAGCAUGGUUGGGUUAUAAUCAAUUUACAACAAAUUGGAUAUUACCGCGUUAACUAUGAUGAUGAGAAUUGGCAAAGAAUUUCAGAUUAUCUAAACUCUGAUAAUUUUACGAAAAUUCAUGUUCUUAAUCGUGCCCAAAUUAUCGAUGAUGCAUUUCAUUUAGUGAUAGCAGGUCAUCUCAACGCCUCUAUAUUCUGGAAUAUCACAUCUUAUUUGGGUCAAGAAGAAGAUUAUAUCGCAUGGUAUCCUAUGUUUAAAGCUUUGGAAUACAUGUUUAGUACUUUUCCAGUGAAAGUAGAAACUGAAAAAUUUGAGGAUAGAAUAGAUGGGAUAAUAACCAUAUUACACGAGUUACUUGCAAAAAUCAAAUAUGAAGAAAUUGAUGAUGCAGAUGAACUUAGAAUAUGUUUACGACAAGAAGCUGCAAGAUGGGCAUGUUUUUUCGGUGAUAUCACUUGUAUGGAAGAAGCGAAAAAUAAAUUAGAACUUCAUAUCAAAAAUUCUAAAAAACACAGACUUUUGCCAUGGUGGAAGACAUGGACAUAUUGUAGAGGUUUGAUGAAAACUACGAGAAAUGAGACCACUUUUGGAAUAGUGUAUACUAGAGGAUUGGAAAAAAAUUACAUUAAAUUUUCAGAAUACUUGGCUUGCAUUGAAGAUACUGAUUUCAUUAAAAUCUAUUUAAGUCGUAAACAGCACACUGAUACAAAACAGAAAGAUCAAUUUCUCGUUAAUAGUUUCUUACAUUUUAUUACGAAGCAUGCGAAUAAUCCAAUUAUAUUGAAGUACAUAUUAGAUAAUUUUCACGAAAUAAAACCAAAAAGUGUUAAUAUAAUUGCAGCAUUAAUUAUUAUGAUUAAUAACGUAUAUUCCAAGAAUUUAGCUCUGCCAAUAGAGAUUAACUCUGAAAAUAUUGUACAAGCUAAUGUAAUUGACGUGAACAAAGAAGAUCAAUUUAGAAGAUAUCGAAUAAAGGAGAUGAGUGACCGUGUGAUAGAAAAGAAUGAAUUAUAUAUCAGAAUAACAAACCAGGUUGAUAUUCGCAAGGGACAAAUCGAGAAGCAGAGACAGGAUUAUGCAAGAUUUUUCUUCUAAUCGGUGGAUGAAAAAAAAUUGCAGUAUACGUGGACGUACUUCAUAUGAAUAAUUUUUUUAUAUUGCAUGUACUAUUUUUUUACUGCUUC